UUGACUCUUGUUAGCUACCCGCUUGAUUCGAAUCGGUUCGAAUCGGUUCGAACCGAUUCGAGUCGAUUCGAACCGAUUCGAACCGAUUCGAGUCGAUUCGAACCGAUUCGAACCGAUUCGAACCGAUUCGAACCGAUUCGAACCGAUUCGAAAAAAUUUUUGUUAGCUACCCGCUUGACUCUUGUUAGCUACCCGCUUGAUUCGAUCCGAUUCGAGUCGAUUCGAGUCGAUUCGAGUCGAUUCGAACCGAUUCGAGUCGAUUCGAACCGAUUCGAACCGAUUCGAGUCGAUUCGAACCGAUUCGAACCGAUUCGAACCGAUUCGAACCGAUUCGAACCGAUUCGAAAAAAUUUUUGUUAGCUACCCGCUUGACUCUUGUUAGCUACCCGCUUGAUUCGAUCCGAUUCGAGUCGAUUCGAGUCGAUUCGAACCGAUUCGAGUCGAUUCGAACCGAUUCGAACCGAUUCGAGUCGAUUCGAACCGAUUCGAACCGAUUCGAACCGAUUCGAACCGAUUCGAACCGAUUCGAAAAAAUUUUUGUUAGCUACCCGCUUGACUCUUGUUAGCUACCCGCUUGAUUCGAUCCGAUUCGAGUCGAUUCGAGUCGAUUCGAGUCGAUUCGAGUCGAUUCGAGCCGAUUCGAGCCGAUUCGAGUCGAUUCGAGCCGAUUCGAAUCGAUUCGAAUCGAUUCGAAUCGAUUCGAAUCGAUACGAGGCAUUUUUUUAA